CCUUUGAGACGUCACAUCCGGCACUUUCCUUUCCGACCGCGCGUGUCGCUGAAGGUCGAGUCUUUGGAGGAGCUGAAGAGACCUUCGGACGGUAACAGUUUCUGAAGAUAAUCUGAAUGGAUAAUAUUAGAACAGCCAUUUCUAAUUUUUUUGGAGGCGAGUUAAGAUCAUAUACUCGUUUUAGUCUAACACGUCAAGCAGAUGGAGAUAUGAGCAGAGUUGAAAUGAAAGCAGCAGACGCUGAAAAUGAUGAGGAAAUGGGAGACGGAAUGCCUGAUGGCAUGCAGACUCGCAUUCAGAAACCUCAGAACAGAUAUAAAGGAAUCAUGAAAAACGUUGUGUUUGCUCUUUUCUUUGUUACAAUAGGAUUUCUGGUUGGUUAUCUAGCAUUUCGAGGUCAAACACCAGGAACACCAGGUACACCGGGUGCACCAAGUACACCAGGUGCUCAAACCGCACAAUCUACAGAAGGAUUUUCUAAUGAUGAAGAAGAUACCAAUGAUUUUAAUGAGGACAAUGAAGAGGUUUCGGUACUCCAUUUCUCUGAUCUUAAGAAAAUGCUUCAAGAUUAUCUUGGCAGCUCUGAUUUGGAGACUAAUAUUCAGCGCCUUUCUGAAAGUAGUGAUCAUCAAACUGGUUCCAGUGCUGAUCUGACUAACACCCGUUAUGUCAAAGGAGAGUUCGUGAAAAUGCUUAAUGAGGAUAAUACCUGGAUCGAUACUCACUAUGUAACACUACAGGUGAAUAGCAAAUCUCCGAAUAGAAUAUGGAUUGAUGGUGGUGUAAAUGCAAGAAAAUUAGAUUUAGAAGUGAAAAAUUCAGACGUAUAUUGUCCAUACAGUGCAAAUGGUACAUUCACGGGCAAGCUGGUAUAUGCCAACUAUGGAACAGAAGAUGACUUUAAAGAAUUGCAGAAUCAAGUGGAAGUCAAUGGCACUGUUGUCAUCGUUCGCGCAGGGAAGAUCAGUUUUGCAGAGAAGGUCUUUAAUGCCGAGAAGAUGAAUGCUGGAGGUGUUCUGAUCUAUCCUGAUCCCAAAGAUUAUAAUGUGGAAAGAGAUGUGGCUAUGUUUGGACAUGUUCACAUGGGCUCGGGUGAUCCCUGGACUCCUGGAUUUCCAUCAUUCAACCAUACACAAUUUCCUCCAACCAAGUCAUCAGGACUACCUGGGAUUUUGGCUCAUUCAAUCAGUGCCAGUGUUGCCUCAAAUCUUCUCCAAUUGCUUGGUGGUGCAGAUGCUCCAGCUAGUUGGCAGGGCCUUGGAACCAAACUUGGACCAGGAUUUCAGAAUGAUGGUGGACAAAUAAAGAUGGAAGUAAAUAAUGUUGAAGAAGUGAGAGAGAUGCAUAAUGUAUUUGGUGUCAUCAAGGGUAACGAAGAAAAGGAUCAUUAUGUUGUGAUUGGUGCUCAGCGUGACUCCUAUGGAUCUGGUGCAGCAGAAUCUGGAGUUGGAACUGCUUUGCUGUUGGAGUUGGCAGGAGUCUUUUCCAAAAUGGUUAAAGAUGGAUUCAGACCUCGACGAAGUAUAGUCUUUGCAAGUUGGAGUGGUGGUGAUUUUGGAGCAGUUGGAGCAACAGAAUGGUUGGAGGGAUACAUGUCUGUGUUGCAUUUGAAGAUUUGUGCUUACAUUAGUCUUGACAAGGCAGUGGCUGGAGGAAAUGACUUUAAAAUUUUUGGCAGUCCCAUGUUACACAAUCUAAUUGGAGACUCCAUUGCUAUGGUGAAGAGCCCUUUGUCUUCAAGAACCAUUUUGGAAAAAGCAAAAGUAACUAGUAGAAAUUGGAAGGACGUUGUUUUGACACCAAUUCCAGUGGAUUCCAGUGUUUAUGCGUUCUUGGCUAUUGGUGGAAUCCCAUCUAUUGGACUCGGUUUUGUCAACAACGAAAAUUAUCCAUACAAUACAGCUGAGGAUACCGUGGAUACCCUCAUGAAGUUUACUGUUCAUAGUCUCAAGGAUGUUGGUCGUGCCGUGGCUGAAGUAGUUGGAAUAUCAGUUAUUAAGUUAGUCAUACACCACACCCUUCCACUUGAUUACCAUAAAUAUGCUGAUGAACUGACUACCCAGAUCCUUAAAAUUCAAAAAUACUCAUCAUUACUUGAGGAACGUGGAUUGACUAUGCAGUGGCUGUUUUCAGCACGUGGCGCCUACUACCGUGCUGCCAGAGCCCUGACUGAUGAUAUCGGUACUUCUGAUUUGAAUGAAGUUUUGCUGUACAGAGCCUACAACAACAGGAUAAUGAGGGUGGAGAAUCACUUUCUUUCUCCUUAUGUGUCUAUAACUAGUUGCCCAUUUAGACACCUGCUUUAUGGCAGAGGGCACCACACUUUUAAAGAUAUUAUGGAGCAGCUGAUGCUUCUGGAGAAAUCGCCGGACCUUGUUGAUUUCAAUGUGAUUCGUAACAACAUUGCAUAUGCUACCUGGACAGUCCAGGGAGCAGCUAAUGCACUUGCUGGAGAAGUGUGGACAAGCAGCCAUGUCUACUGAUUGUCUUCAAAAGCAUUUAUGAUGGUCUGCCUGAAAGAAUAACAUUCACUCAGAUGCUGAGAGAUUAUUGCCUUUGAUACUUGUAGAGUUUUUUUGCUAUACUGAUUAGAAACAAAAUAAAGGAUACUAUCAGGUAACAAAUAAGGAAAACAAACUGUCAACAUUUCAGAUUAAGGACGCUCAUUAAAUUCAUUUAAUUUUCAUUGAUUAGAAAAAAAGUUAAGCAAAAUUUAAGCUGCAUAAGUAAAUUUUUUGACCAGAAGCAAGAAUAUAAAUCUUAAGAAGAAACUUUUCUGCAUUACAAGUGAAGAGGCAAUAAGAACUCAGCUUUUUCACUUGUUACCUCCCACAUUUGCUUUACACCUGCUGCAAGCCAUCUUUACAUUAGCCUGUAGAGGGAUGCCUUCAUUGUGAACAGACCUUGUACUUGCUUCACUUUCUCAGCAUCUACACAUUAUAGGUGCAAUGGACAGCUUGGAACAUUGUCUCUUAGCAAAUCUUUCUAGCAGCUAGUGUUGGCAAAUUUACAGAUUACAUUGGUAUGUUGCAAAGACCUGCAUCUUGGGAACCCAGUGGAGCAAGUACAAGGGCUAAUGAAAAAGAAGCUUUAUAGUAUUUCCCUCAAAGGGACUUAUUUAGUUCUGAUCUUCCAUUGUGCAGUGAUGAGCAAAGGAAUACUUUAAAACUGAAGCAAAUUAUUGGCAACACUUGAUAGGGUGGUUUAAGGGGAAUUGAAUGAAUGGUUAAAGUUGGGAGUUGGACAUUCAUGACAAAAACAAUGACAAAUUAAAUCAAUUGACGCUUGUAAGCUGCAUGGGGGGUGGCGGGGAGGCUGAAUUGCACAUAGAGCGGAAAUGGAGAGAAACAAUUUGAGACAAAUGCCAAACUGGAGUACUGCACCAAAGUGAGAUAAAACUGCUUAUCAAGGCUAAUUCCAAAUUAAAUCAUUCGGUGCAGGUAUCAUUGAUGCUAGUGGAGAAACUACAUGUAGGAAUCUGAAACUCAAACAGAAGUGCUGGAAGAGUCCAGCCACAGUAGCUGCAGGAAUUGAUAGCAUUUUUCAAAUGAAUUCACUGUGGUACUGAAAACAAAUUAGCUGUGCAUCAGGCAAUUUCAAUGUUUUCUAGGGGGAGGAAAUUUUUAAAAUGACGUUUGUUUGCAACAGUAUAUGACUAGAAAGAAAAUGAAGCAAAAGGUGCGUAUUUGUUGAUUGGAAUAAGAUUUGGUGGUAUUGGAGGGUGAAAGAUUAAUGACAAAAGAACUAUUAAUAAGAAAAUGCUUCUGUUGUUAGAAAUCAGGAAUAUUAGAGUAGUGUGGCUUUAAAAAAAUUCAAUCUAUUUGGGCACUACUUAAAAUCUUCCUGGAGAGGAUUUCCUACAACAUGUAGAACACUGCUUCAUUGACAAAAUUACUAAAUUAGGUUAUUCACGCAGUGCAGAUGUUUGUGCAGUGAAAGUAACUGGGGAACUUGUUAAAGAGAUCAACAGUACUACUGAAUGGUUGGGAAGACUGAAAUGAGUGAAGAAAAAAUGCAUCAUCAGAUACUGAUCAUGCAAAUUAAAAUUGUAGUAUUGGGUUAUCAUAGUCAAGCACAGUAAAAUUAAAUAACUAUAUAAUGUAAUUAUACCAUGUAAUUUCAAUGGGAGUGUUCAGUAACUGAAAAAUACUACUCUUAUUAGGGAGUAGGGAGGUGGUGAGGUUUAUUUUGUUUCUGGAACUAAAUAACAACCAUUGUUGCUAAAGUUAAAAUUUUUCACAAUUUUGACAAACCCUUAAUAAGAAUGCAUGGUGAUCUCCCCAACUACAUGCCUGGUAGUUGUGCAUAUAUACUGCAAGAUUUUAUAAUGAUUUUAAACUGUUAACAAAUUGUUUAAAAUUGGUGACAUUACACCAGCAGCCCUUAUUUAGUCAAACUUUCCAAAUGAUGGGUAAACCUUUGUUCAUCACUCUUUCCCAGUUGUUGUUAAAAUAUGCUGUAAAAAGUAUGUUAUAAAAUGGAGAAAGACUUGUGCCCCAUGCUAAAUACAUUAUAUUCUCCAAUUUUACAGGGUAAUCUGGGUUAUUAAUUGUUGCAAGAUACUGAAUAUAAAGGAUAACUUGUCAAAUUACAUUUGUUGAAAAAUUUAAAUGCAUUUUAAUAGAUACAGCUUACCUCUUUAUGGUCUGGAUUUUGUAUGGGGCUUGCUGAUAUUUUCAGAACCUAGAACUUUGGUGUAAAAAGAAAUGUCAAACUUGGCUUGGUUACCUUAAUCCAUCUAGCACCUAUUUGAGUAUUUUGCAUUUUCCUAUUUAUCAAAGUACUGACCAAAGUGAUGGGGCACAGUUUGCAGUUUAUAACUUUGUCCAAAAGAAAAACAUUUAAUCUGUCUCCCAGUUUAGAAGAAGAAUAUGUUAAAGAUGGUAAAAUUGACACUAAGGUAACCUUCAGCCGUGUCUUUAUACCAGUUCUAGAUGUCUGGCACUUGAAGUAACCGCUGAACCCAAUUAUAAUGUCAUUUUAUUUCCACCAAUCAGCACUGAGAUGUUUAUUUUAUUUAUCAGUGACAGAGUUCACUAUAAAUAGUGUGUUUUAUCUUUUUUAAAAUAAGAUAAUUAUCGGAAGCAGUGACUUCCAUAAUUAUGACGGUUAUACUGUCGUCAACAAGAAAGCAGCAUCUGCUACUAAGAAAUGAAAGCCUAUGACAUUUCUACAAGUUUUAAAAGCCUCAUUAUCGGGAGCAGUGUCUUCCAUAAUGUCAUAAAAUAAGGUAGUUUUUGCCUACCAAGGUGUAUAUCGGAAGCAGUGCCUUCCAUAUGUUUCACUAAGGUGUAUAAGAAUUGUCGGGAAAUGGGAUUCCCAUAAUUUAACUUUAUUUGAAUAGUGCUAGGGGCCACUGUGCUUCUAAUCUACUGCAAUAUGUUUUAUUUGCUUAUGUGUAUUGUACCUUGUGGUUUGUGUAUUUGUAUCAGUAUCCUCAGUGCCUUGAGAAUAUCUCAAAACAUAGCUCCCUUUUCAAUUUUUACUCGAAUAGAUGGAGUCAAGAAAAGAAAUGUGACUAAUUAGUGGGCAAAGAAAACAUGCAAUUUUUAAUAAGUGACUGCUACUUAAUUUGAUUCACUGUUUGUUUUGAAAACAUUUUGAACUAGAAGAGCCAUUGAGCCAUUCUUGAAGUUCCACACUGAGUAUCCGGCGAGUUAUUUGUCAGGGCACAGAUAAGAGUGGUGGUCAACCAUCCAUCAUUAGGGACUCAAACCCUAACGUGACAUGUGUCCAAUGACUAUGAAGGCGCGCAUAAAAUGGUUCCUAAAAUGGUUGGAUUUGUAUCCAGUAUUGAAGGUUUUGAGUGAAAUGAACCUUGUAGGCAGCCCCUGUAACUCAAAACUUGAGGCAUGCCUGCAAUAAUUGAAAAUAAAACUGGGAAAUAUGAACAGGUUAGGCAAUGGCUCAAAGAAAUGGAAUUGUAAUCAUGGGUUGAUGACCUUGCAUUGGGAUCUGUGGUAAUUUAGUUGACUGACCAAUGUGGCCCGAAUGUUGAAACACUCCUUUCUGACUUGCUCUGUGAUCUGCGAACUAUUAAUUCCUGCAUGAUAAAGCGGUAGAACACAUACCUUUUUGAUCCACACUGAUAAACUCUUUUCUACUUGACUAAAACCUCAUGGCAUCACUGCACACACUUGUUGUUCCACAAGUUUUAAUUCUGAUAAUUGGAACCUAAAUACUUGUGCUUUGACAGUCUUGGUGCAUUUGGUGUAGACGUAGACUGACUAGCCACCUAUGACGUAAGGAAAUCUCAUUGUAGUGGCAUUGACUUUCUAGCGUGUGCGUACACCCUUUGGAGAUGCUGUUACACUUUACCAACCUAAUGGACAAUAAAGUCGAAACCAGUUUCUCCCACUCUCCUGAGAUAAUAGCAGUCUGUUCAAGGCCAAAAGAAAGUAAACAUUUGUGUCAUUAAAACUUCAAUCAUCAUUUAGAGCUGUGUUUUGAAAUCCAUUUACUGUGGGAGUAGUUGUGUCUAAGUUAUCUUUCAAAUAAAUCAAAUUCAGAAAUAAGCUUAGAGGUUCUCUGAUUAUUGUUAGAAGAUUGUUAGGUUAAUCUGUGAGAAUAUUUAACUCAGUCCAGCAAAUAAUGUUUCUUGAAAAGAAAUUGAAAUGUAUUUUCCCUCUAAUUUGAGUCAGUACCUAGCUCAGGAAAGCAAAUGUUUUGAUUUAUCAAGCAGGUUUAAAACAUGGGAUGAGAGAUUCCUGGGGAUUUACAUUUUUAAAGAAAAUAAAGAGAAAAUCUCCAUUCAUAGCAUUUUGAUGUUUCUUUAGCUUCAAUAAUGUUUAUAUUCAUAAAUCUCCAUAAUCACUGAUAAAUGAUUUUCCAGUGAUCUUAAUGUUGCUUUUCAUUUAAUGUGAGCUAAUUUGUUUGUAUUGCCUUUUUCCACCAUGCUCCAAUGCACUGUAAUUUGAAAACUCUCAAUUGCUCUUUUUAUGCAUGGCACUUGAUGUAUUUUGUGAUGUUAUUAUUGUCUUUUCCCAAAGAUUGCCUAGAUAUAAUUUUUUUAUUCUGCUUCAUGUUUAUGUUUCAAAUAAACCUUAAAAAUAUUA